AUGACAUCUGCAUCUAGUACAAGUGCUCGUUCAUUAUUUGGUGAUUCUAAAAACAUGUUGAGUGAACGAGUAAAACUGAAUAUAAAUAAUAUGUCAUCAGUUAUUAAACAGAUGCAAAAAAGUUCAAAAAGUCAUGAAAUUAUUAGUCAAAGUGUAAAAGCUUUAGCAUCACAAGAUUCUAGUAUUGAUCAUACUGAGAAUAACUUGAAUCAAAUAAAAAAUAUUUGUAUAAAUUUCAACCAACAAUUAUGUGAUUUGAAAAAAAAUAUUUUUGUCAUAGAAGAGGUCAAAGAACAUGUUCAAACUAUGCAAAGAUAA